AUGGCGGAAGAUAAGGUUGGGGUUCCCCAUUUUGAUAAGUUAGAUGGUAAGAACUUUACAUUGUGGAAACUUCAAAUGCAAACUUUUCUCGAUGUUUAUGGUCUGCGAAAGAUCGUCAAUGGCACCGAGAGAAGGCCAGAUGGGACCAACGAAUCUGGUGAUCAAAAUUGGAUUAAGAAAGAUGCUAAAGCAAAACUGGCGAUUUUAACGGCAAUCAAUGUUGAUCAAUUAGAUUAUGUGUCGGCCUGUGAGACUGCAGAGGACAUGUGGAUCAGUUUGUUGUCGAUUUUAACCGAUCUUCCUGAUGACUAUGAAGUAAUUGUCGAUACCUGGGAUAGCGUAGCUGACAAUCAGAAGACCGUUGCAGCACUUAAAAUGAAACUAUUGCAGCGUGAAGUGCGAAUUGAGGCUAAGGCGAAUAAAGAACCUCUACAAGCUUUGGUUGUGAGUAAAAAGUCAGUUGGUAAAGAAGAAAAGAAGAUUGCUAAUGGUGAAAGACAGAAGAGAAAUGUGAAGUGUUACAAAUGUCAAAAUUUUGGACACUUUGCUUUGAGUACCGUUCAAAGAAGAAGCACUAUGAUCGUCAUUCUAACUCUGGUGGAGUAA